GCCUUACAAACGUUCAACUAAAAAAUUUAUCAGAUUUUGUCACGAUAACUGUAUGUUAUACACUUGUGGCGAUGAUGGGAACAUUUUUAGCUUUAUGUUUCAAUGUGAUAAUGAAGUCAUUGAGCAUAUGAUUUCUAUUUCAGAAUUGCCUCAGUCAUCUGUAUUUGUUGGAAAAGACAUUUUAAUUAUUAAAGAAGACCUAAAACUAAGUUUGGAAGAGAGAAAGAUUCAUAAAAAAAACCUUAGAGCUUUAAACUUAGCUAAUACAGAAAAGGAUAAAAUUAGUUGUUUAUUGUAUGAUUUGAGAGAUAAGUUCAAACAAGUUUUAAUCAGCAACAAGUUAUUACCUGAAACACUGCAAUUAUCUGAUGAAUAUUUUCAAUUAGAUAAUCGGAUUAAUAGUUCACUUAUUAAAGAAGCACAAUGUGAAAUGGAUAAGUUACAUUUGAAGYUAGCGUUAGAUUAUGAAAAGAGUUCAUUAGGUCUUAAGUAUUUAAAAAAUUAUUUCAUCGAUCCAAUUGUGAUUAAUAAGUUUGCAGUUAAAGCAAUUUUGAGUGAUGUAGAAGUCAAAACGUUAUACCAUGAAAUGCGUGAUAAUUUAUUUAGUAAUUUAGUUGAAGAAUUUUUAUCCAAGAAACUUCCAAAACGGCCUAAGCUUGAGGAAAUAAAAGAUCCAGAGAGUGUAAGUAUUUGUAGAAGACGUGGAUCGAUAGUACUAACCAAAGAAGCUCUCAAUCAAAUACAUAAUGUAUCUGAAUCAGAAAUAUUUCUUCGAAAUGUAUUUGAAGAGUAUUCUUCGUUACCAAAGAAAAUUCAGAGUGCUAUUGAUAGUGCCAGAUUUAACAAAGUAGAGGUUGAAAUUUCUAAGCCUCCUAGAAUAUUAUUAACUACUCAGUACUCACAUCUUUAA